AUGAACGCGUGCGUGCAGUGCCUUAGUCACUCCAUGCCCCUCGCCCUCUACUUUGUGCAAGAAACCGCCGCCGCCGCUAAGGGGCUUCCACCCUCGCGAACAGAGUUGGCAGGUGGCGCGUCGUCUGGUAAUCGCACUGGGUUCGCUGGAAAUGGGUUGCCGGCCGCAAUUGGCGGCGGCAGGUCAGGGGAACGGGUGGGUGCUAGGGAAGAGUCGCUGAGGGAAGCUGGCGAGGCGGUGGCUGCGGCGUUGGAGCUGUGGGCGGGGGAGGCGGCGGGCGCAAUCAGCCCCGCGGAGCUGCUGUCGAGCGUGCACAAGCACGUGCCGCACUUCGCGGGGUUCGGUCAGCACGACUCGCAGGAGUUUCUGCGAUCGCUGGUGGAUAAACUGGACGAGGAGACGCGGGGGCAGAGCGAGCUCCCAAAAUGUCACAGCCUGCCCGAAAACCUCGACCAGCUGCCCGAAGCGGAGCAAGCGGACGCCCUCUGGCGGCAGCACUGCGUGCGGUUCGCCAGCCCCAUCCAGCAAAUAUUUUGCGGGCAGCUGCAGAGCACGAUCGAGUGUCUGACGUGUCACCACCGGUCGCACUGCUUCGACCCCUUUUUGGACCUGUCUGUGCCCAUCCCCCGCCGGCGCUUCUUCUCCUUCCGCGCGCCCUCCAUCCGCGACUGCCUGGGGGAACUCCUGGCGGAAGAAACGCUGCAGGGGGACAAUGCGUACUCGUGCUCGCACUGCAAGAAGCCAAGCAAGGCCGUGAGACGACUGUCCGUCGUGCGCUUCCCCUCCAUCCUCGUUAUACACAUUAAGAGAGUCGCCUCAUCAGCUAUCUCCCUCUUUCAGAAGGACUCCACCUUUGUUUCCUGUGACCUGCACAGCCUUGACCUCUCAAAGUUCCAAAGCUCACUCUCUCGAGAACAUCCCUCCACAGAGCCUGUCAGUCCUCUCAGUCCUCCCAGCCGCCCCGAGAGCACAAGUUACCCCACCAGUCCCAGCGGAUCAGCCCCCCCGGUGUACGAUCUAUACGCUGUGACAAACCACAUGGGGUCACUCUCUUCGGGACACUACACGGCGCACUGCCGCAACCCUGCAGACGGGCAGUGGUAUCUGUUCAACGACAGCGGCGUGUCGCCCAUUGCUGCUUCUGCUGUGAUCUCCUCGUCAGCUUAUGUUCUCUUCUACCAGCUCAGGCACAAUCCCGAGGGGUUCUGA